CAAGAACUCACAAGUUGCUUACAGAUCAAAGUCUACUCUAAUAGCAAUGCCGGAAAACGAACAUUUGACCCAGGAGACUGCACAGGCCGUGCCAUCGGGCUUCCUCGAGAGACACACCUCCAAGCCAUACUUGACUUCCCAGGCCGACUACGAAACGUUGUACAAGCAGUCCAUCGAAGACCCAAGCACAUUUUUCGGUGAACAGGCCCGCGACUUGUUGGACUGGGACACCCCUUUCACCCACGCCAGAUUUCCAGAGUCUCCAGCCAACGAUUUUAUCAACGGGGAAAUCCCAAGUUGGUUUGUCGGCGGGGAAUUGAACGCCUGUUACAACGCUGUCGACAGACAUGCCUUUAGGAACCCAGACAAGGUUGCCAUUGUCUAUGAGGCCGAUGAACCAAACGAGGGCAGAACCAUCACCUACGGUGAGUUGUUGAAGGACGUUUGCCGAGUUGCCCAGGUUCUUGUGUCUUUGGGAGUCCAGAAGGGCGAUUCCGUCGCUGUUUACUUGCCAAUGAUUCCCGAAGCCUUGAUCACCUUGUUGGCCAUCACCAGAAUCGGUGCUCUUCACUCUGUGGUUUUCGCUGGUUUCUCCUCUACCUCAUUGAGAGACAGAAUCAACGAUGCUCAAUCCAAGUUGGUUGUUACCGCUGACGAGUCCAAGAGAGGUGGUAAGAUCAUCGAAACCAAGAAGAUUGUUGACGAAGCCUUGAAGUCCACCCCGCAGGUCACCAACGUGUUGGUGUUCCGCAGAACCGGUAACUCCCACGUUCCGUUCACCAAGGGCCGUGACGUUUGGUGGCACGAGGAGGUUGUCAAGUACAACCCAUACUCCCCACCGGUCAAAGUCAACUCUGCUGACCCAAUUUUCUUGUUGUACACUUCCGGUUCCACCGGUAAGCCAAAGGGUAUCCAGCACUCCACUGCUGGAUACUUGUUGGGGGCUGCUCUCACCACUAAGUACGUCUUUGACCUCCACCCAGAGAAGGACGUUUUCUUCACCGCAGGUGAUAUUGGCUGGAUUACUGGCCACACUUACGUUGUCUACGGGCCGUUGUUGCUUGGUGCUACUACUGUCAUCUUUGAAGGAACCCCUGCCCAUCCAAACUACAGCAGAUACUGGGAAAUUGUUGACCAUUACAAGGUUACCCACUUCUAUGUUGCGCCGACGGCUUUGCGGUUGUUGAAGCGUGCUGGUUCCAAGUACAUCGAGCCGUACAAGUUGGACUCCCUCAGAGUCUUGGGCUCCGUCGGUGAGCCAAUUGCUGCUGAGGUGUGGCACUGGUACAACGACAACAUUGGCCGUGGUCAGUGCCACAUUGUCGACACCUACUGGGCCACCGAAGCCGGCUCCCACUUAAUCACCCCUCUUGCCGGUGUUUCCCCAACCAAGGCCGGUGCCGCUUCGUUCCCAUUCUUUGGUAUCGACACGUUGAUCGUCGAUCCUGUCUCUGGUGAGGAAAUCAAGGAAUCUCCAGCCGAAGGUGUCUUGUGUAUCAGGUCUGCCUGGCCAUCUAUCACCAACGGUAUCUACAAAGACUACGCCAGAUUCAUCGACACCUACUUGAAGCCGUACCCUAACUUGUACUUUACCGGUGACGGUGCUGCUCGUGAUGUCGAUGGCUACUACUGGAUCUUAGGGCGCGUUGAUGAUGUUGUCAACGUUUCUGGUCACAGGUUGUCCACUGCGGAAAUCGAAGCAGCCUUGAUCGAGCACAAAUUGGUUGCCGAAAGCGCGGUUGUUGGUUAUCCAGAUGAGUUGACAGGCCAGGCCGUUGCCGCCUACGUUGCCUUAAAGGACUCCAAACCAACCACCGCUGAGGAAUUGGAGGUUGUCAGAAAGGAGUUGAUCUUGACCGUCAGAAAGGAAAUCGGUCCGUUUGCCGCCCCAAAGUUGAUUUUGCUUGUUGACGAUUUGCCAAAGACUCGUUCCGGUAAAAUCAUGAGAAGAAUCUUGAGAAAGAUCUUGGCUGGGGAAGAGGACCAGUUGGGUGACAUUUCCACUUUAUCCAACCCAGCUGUCGUCGAGGACAUGAUUGCUGUGGUCAAGGGUGCCAGGAGGUGAGUAAUUUAGGGAGCCUGGGAUUCUGGUAACCACCAGGCCCUGUUAGUUUUAAUUUAUUGUUAAUAUGAAUUCGUUGUAGCUGUGAGACUAGUUUU